AUGAACCAGGAGUACUUUGACGACGAGGAGUUUGUUGGAGAUAUCGAUAUUGUGGCCGGCACGUACGCCAACGUUGAUGACGGCGAGGAUGUCGAGAUUGACGACGAGGAGCUCAUUCAGCAGGCUCAGGCGGGCGUGCAGUCGAUUCCGGAGCAGGUGCGCAACUUUUUGAUGCAGUUCCACCGCAACAUGAAGAACAACAACCUGCAUGACCUUACGUACGGCUAUGAGACGCAGUUUGUGCGGCUGUCUGAGAAGUUCUUCGCCAAGGGCCCGUGGCCCGAGCCGCAGUACGUUGCGGCGCUGGUCAAGGAUGACGGCGUGUUCCUGACACUGUACCGUGAGCUGUACUUCCGCCACAUCUAUUCGCGGCUGCACCCGUCGCUGGAGACACGGUUCCGGUCGUUUGAGAACUACUGCGACCUGUUCAACUACAUCCUGAACUCGGAUGGCCCGAUCGAGCUGGAGCUGCCGAACCAGUGGCUGUGGGACAUUGUCGACGAGUUCAUCUACCAGUUCCAGUCGUUCUGCACGCACCGCAGCCGCGUGACGAAGCGCAGCGAGGAGGAGAUCAAGCUGCUGAAGGAGAACUCGCAGGUGUGGAACACGUACAGCGUGCUGAAUGUGCUGUACUCGCUGAUCCAAAAGUCCAACAUCAGCCAGCAGCUGCUUGUGCAGCAGCAGGGCGGCGAUGUGCUGGCGGCCGCUGGUGAGUUUGGCUCGCGCCCGCUGUACAAGAUGCUGGGCUACUUCAGCAUCAUUGGGCUGGUGCGCGUGCACUGCAUGCUGGGCGACUACACGCUGGCGCUGCAGACACUGGAGAACAUUGAGCUGGGCAACUCGCGCGCGCUGUUCACCCGUGUGACUGCCUGCCACGUCACUGUGUACUACUACGUCGGUUUCGCGUACCUGAUGAUGGGCCGGUACGCCGACGCCAUCCGCACGUUUGCACACAUCCUGACGUUUGUGUCGCGCACGCGGCAGUACCACCAGCGCUCGUACCAGUUCGACACAGUCAACAAGAAGGCCGAGCAGAUCCCGGCCCGUGUGGACGAGAACAUCCACAACUACCUGCGCGAGAAGUACGGCGAGCAGCAGCACAAGAUGCAGCGUGGCGGCGAGGAGGCCAUCGAGGUUGUGUCGGACCUCUUCCGCUUUGCCAGCCCCAAGUUCAUUGCGCCGAACCCGCCCAACUACGACGACCUGGAGGCUGCCGCCGAGGCUAUCGAGCCGCAGCAGUUCCAGCUCAAGAUCUUCCUGCGCGAGGCUCGUCUGCAGCUGGUCAUCCCUACCCUGCGCUCGUUCCUGAAGCUCUACACGACCAUGGGCCUGGACCGCCUGUCGACCUUCCUGGAGAUGGACGCGGCUGAGCUGCGCAACCAGCUGAUGGUGUACAAGCAGCGGUGCCGCCAGGUCAAGUGGGUCGGCGGUGGCGAUCUGCUCGGCGGCGAGGUCGUUGCUGCCACCGACCUGGACUUUGCCCUGCAGGAGGACAUGAUCUUCAUUGCUGAGAGCCGCAUUGGCAGGAAGUACGCCGACUGGUUCAUCCGCAAUGCCAACAAGGUGCAGGACCUGGUCAACACCCUCGAGAGCCGGCAAAAGACUUUUAUUGCCGAGGCUGGCAAGCCCAAGCCGGCCGAGGAGGAGGCCCCUGCUGCUGCCGUCUCUGCCUAAAAUCACCCUUUGCACGGUCUGUUUCACCAGUUAAAAUAUGAAAUUUUGACAUUUU